AUGUCGCCCACGCCAGACGACACCGACUCGGCCCUAGGAAUAGGGUACCAGCUCAAAGCAUGGGGGACAUCCGCCAUCCCCCCCAUGACGCUCACCACCCUAAUCAUCGCCCUUCACGCCCGCCCCUUCCAGCCCCUCCCCAUGCUCUUCCCGCCCCUCCUCAUCUUCAGCAGCUACCUCACGCUCGCCGGUUUCAAGACCGACGGGGCCGGGAUGACGGCGGCGUGGUCGGGGGUGUACACGCUGCUGGCGGCGCGACGGCGGCCCGCGUCGCUGCGCACCCGGUUCUCGACGCGCGGGGUGGUGCGCGGGGUUGCGAUGGGGUUGGGGGCGGUGAAUGCCGGGGCGGGGUUUUAUACGUAUGCGAUGGGGGAUCGGAAGAGGGAGGAGGAGGAGAGGAGGGAGGUUAAUCGGUGGGGGGUGUAUAGGGAUUGA